CAAGCCCCCACGGACGCCUGCGCUGGGGACCUCAGCCUCUACUACGACAAUGCUGCCAGGAGGUGCUGUUACCGCUGCCCGGAGGGGCUGUCCCCGCAGCAGCUGUGCCCGCGGGAGCCAUCUGACUGCCGGAAGCAGUGUGAGCCGGACCACUACUUAGACCCGGACGGCCGGUGCACGGCCUGCGUGAGCUGCGGAGAGGACCUCGUGGAGAAGCAGCCAUGCUUGGGGAGCUCGCCCCGCGUCUGUGAAUGCCAGCCCGGCAUGUUCUGUUACACCACAGCCACCAACUCGUGCGCCCGCUGCUUCCCCCACUCUGCCUGCCCCACAGGGACUGUUGUCAAGUUCCCGGGUACAGCGGAGAAGGACACGGUCUGUGAGCCGCGUUCCCCAGGGACCGGCCCUGACUGUGGCACCAGUCCCGAGGACUGCAAGGCGCCCGCCAGCGGCACCGCCCCCCAGGCCGAGCACAUCCUGACCUCCGCAGGCUCCGAUGCCAGGACCACGCUUCUCGGAGGGGAUGCUCCCCUCACCCCGAAAAAUGAUUCCAGGAUGACAGGGGCUCCCAACUCUCUCCCCUCUGUGGGGAAGCCCAGUCCGGAUCCAGGGCUGUCCCCGCAGCACGUGUGCCCGCCGGGGUCUGCCGAAUGCAGGAAGGAGUGUGAGCAGGACUACUACCUGGACGGGGACGGCCGCUGCACGGCCUGUGUGAGCUGCUCUGGAGACGACCUCGUGGAGAAGACGCCUUGCACGUGGAACUCCUCCCGUGUCUGCGAAUGUCGGCCUGGCAUGUUCUGCAUGACAUCAGCCACCAACUCCUGUGCCCGCUGUGUCGCCUGCCCCAACGUCCCACCAGAGAUGGUUGCCCCACUCCAGGGUACAGCCAAGGGGGACGCCAGCUACGAGCCGCCCUCCCCGGGGACCCAUUAUAACUGCAGCACCAACCCAGAGAUCAGCAAGGUGACGCCUGACAGCCGCAGCCCCUCCCAGAUCUCCCCAGCAGACUCUCAGGCCAGUAAAGGGCACGGAGCGGGCGCCACCCAAGCCCAGGGGGAUGCCUCUGUCUCGACGACUGCUCCCAUCUCUUUCUCCUCCACGGGAAGACCCAUCCUGGUUUCAGGCUCGGUGCUCUUCUGGGUGGUCGUGGUGCUGGUGGUCUUCGUCGGCUCCGGCUCCUUCCUCCUGUGCCACCGGAGGGCCUGCUGGAAGUGGAUUCGGCAGAAGCUGUACCUGUGCCACCCAGUGCAGACCUUCCGGCCCAAGCAGGAGCCCGUGGAUCCCAGGCCCUUGAGGAACCAGGUAGAGCUGGAAAGGGUCGUAUCAGUGACAAAGCCCAGCACAGAAGACACGGGGUCAACCAGCCAGUCGGUUCUGCGGGAGAGCCAGCGCCUGCUGGGCGCCAGUCCGGGUGGGAGCCCCUCGUCCCCCAGGGACCUUCCCGAGCCCCGGGUGACUGCGGAGCACACCAACAACAGGAUAGAGAAGAUCUACAUCAUGAAGGCUGACACAGUGAUUGUGGGGACUGUGAAGACCGAGGCGCCUGAGGGCCGGGGUGUGGCAGGGCCGGCGGGGCCCGAGCUCGAGGAGACUCUGGAAGUGGACCAUGCGCCCCACUACCCAGAGCAGGAGACAGAGCCACCUCUGGGCAGCUGCGGAGACGUCAUGUUCUCAGUGGAGGAGCAAGGGAAGGAGGACCCCUUGCCCUCGGCCGCCUCUGGGAAAUGA